AUGUCAACUACUGAUCAACGAGCAGCAGAGGCGUUCCCAGAAUUACGACGACUAAUAUCAGAACAAUACUCCAAAUCAGUAUCAAAAACCAUAUUUCGACGAGCACAAUAUGAACAUAAAAUAAUUAGAAGUAUUCGACGUGUCUUACGUCUUCGGCCAGAUAUUGCAAUACGUCGAACAGAUAAAUGCAAAGUAUUCUACAUCGGUAAAGCGGACGACUUUGCACGUAAAGCUGAAGAAUACAUGCUGAAAACAGAAGCAUACCAAGAGAUUACUACUGGCCAUUAUCCAUUAGCUGAUAAUUUACAUGCUGUACAGACUUUAUUGAAGUAUUUGCUUACAAGUAAUGGUCUGACGAAAAAGCAAUCUCAAAUGUUAUCGCCGAACUUAAAUCGUCUUGAAUUGGCCCAUUAUCAUGGUCUACCGAAGCCACACAAACCUGGAACACCUUUGAGACCCAUUAUUGCAUCGAUGCAUGUUCCAACAACAUCACUAUCGAAGUUUCUAAAUGAUUUACUGGCUCCCAUAUUCUUGAAGAUGGCUCGUGAAACAACCUUCAUCAGUGGCAUCGAUGUUGUUCGAAAACUAGAGAAGUAUGCAGCCGAUGGUCAUCUGACAUCAACAACGAAAUUUAUUACUGCUGAUGUCACCGAUUUAUAUACGAUGAUACCAAGACAGGGUGCCUUAGAUGCAUUGGCACGAUUCUGUAUCAAACAUUCAAACAGAGGAAAAAUCGGCACGUUAUCCAUUAAUAACAUCAUGAAAAUGGCUCGUCUCAUUCUGGACACAAACUGUUUUGUUUACAAUAAUAAGUACUACCGACAAGUUCGUGGUGGAGCCAUGGGUUCAGCAUUCACACAAGUAUUAGCUAAUAUCUACAUGCUGGACUGGGAAGACGAGUUGAUUCAACAUCAAACAGCUAAGAACGAGAUAUAUGGACGGUAA